CAGAAUUUUUAUCCAUUGGAGCUUGUGGAUCUUGGAUCACAGAUGGAUUGUGUGGCAGGAUCUACAGUUCUUACUAAGAUGGUUACAAUACAGAAUAUGCUCCAUUCAGGAAAGAAUAUGCCAGCUGUCCAAAGUUUUCUAUGGUUUAAAGAACCAACCAAAAACUCCUGGAGAAAAUACUUCUUUAGGCUUGAAGAUAACAUUCUAAGGUUCUUCCCUGUUUUUGAUAGAAAGAAACCAAAACAAAUGUAUCCUCUGUUAGACCUACAAAACUGUGAUAUUUUUUUACCAAUUGAGGAAAAGUUUCAUGGAGCUCCUACAAAGUUCUAUUUUUGUUUAAAGCCAAAAAGAAAUCUUGAAAGAUCAGCAAGUGUGCUAAGAUGGUUUUGUUGUGCAAGUGAGAAAGUACAACAGUGCUGGAUUGUUGCACUACGAUUAGCAAAGUUUGGGAAGAAGUUGGUAGAUAAUUACAGAGAAGUCAAGUCAAGAAACAACUUUUUUGAUAAUUCCUCUCUCUAUCAAAGUAAAAUACAACAACACAGUGAUAUAAAUUUCGAUUACCUCUGUCAUAAAACUCAGGUAGCAAUGGACUUCACAGGAAAGUUUGGUCAUGUGGUCCAAAAUCCAGCAGAAGUUGAAGCGAUAGCUGCAGCAGAAGCUCAGAAAUGGAAGAAAAAGCUCGCUUCCAAUCAAAUCUCACAGUCUUCAACACACUCAACUUUUGAAUUUGGUGUUCAUACUGUUCAGCCAUGGUUUUAUACUGGAAUGUCGAGAGAUGAGCCAACUCAGCUUUUAACAAAAUAUGGCACUGUGGAUGGAGUAUUUUUAGUACGAGAAAGUCAUCGAAAUCCUGCUAGCUUUGUCUUGUCCUACGUUUACAAUCGGAAAGUGCACCAUACCCAAAUCCUUCCGAUGGAAGAGAAGAAUCAACUAUGUUACACUCUAGAUGGUGGAAAAACAAAGUUUUACGACCUUUUACAGCUCGUCGAGUUUUAUCAGCUCAAUCUUGGCUACCUGCCAACAAACCUUACCUAUUUCUUCAUUCGUCAGACAAAGAAGUUAGAAGCUACUUGAGGACAAGUAGUAUUUUCGAUACCCACAUGACGAGCAGAUCAAAGUGAAUGACCAUGCCAUGUACUUCAUUCCAACACCUGCUGUUUUCUUAGGCUUAGCAAUGCUCAUAAGUCAUUAACUACACACAUUUUAAUGAAAGUAAAAGAUUGUCUUAACAUUUGUGGUUUGUUAAAGACCAGUGCUGUAAACAUUUAUUAUAAUUCAUGAUUGGUUUAAUUUAUUAGUUUAUUGUUGAAAUAGCAUGGUACAGUGGAUAGCAGCUAAAGAGAAGAAAAAUGGCCAUUUUCAGACAACGGUACCUAGAUUAUAGUUUUUGUUUUCAGGAUUCCUAAAGUUCUCGUAUAAUUUUGCAAGUAGUUAUAUAUAGCUGUUAUUUUUCAAUUUACUUAAGGAAGAAAAGGAAUACUAGCUUCCCUACCUACCAUAUUUUUAUCGAGAAACUGGCACAUUUAAAUCAGUCUCUGUGUCACCAAGCCAUAUCAACAUAAGAGUACCAAUGAAUCAGCAGGCAGUAUUUAUAUCUUCACAGAAAUUCUCAGAUAUUUUUAUCGCAUCCUAAUUAUUUACAUUACUUUUUGGGUAUAAAAGUAACAUAAUUUUUUGGCUUUGAUACAAAUCAUAUUUAGUUAUAAAUAUGAAUUCUGAAGAAUUUCACAACUCUAUUGGACUGCACACUGACAAACGUGCUGCAAUGGGACUCCAUACUUGUAGUUAGGAGAGUCUAUGUUUGGGCCAGUAUUCGACUCUUCUAGCAUGAAAAUAGAUAAAAUAAUUUCACAAAAAAUAAAUACUUUCUCAUGACUGCAUCUCAUGGCUUGUAAAACAUCUAACAUUUGAGAAAUGUAGAAAUAUACAAAAUAAGUGCUUACCAAAACAUGUUACAUUUAUUAGGACAAUUUUUACAGGCCUGUUGAAUGCUAGUAAAAAAAUAGCUUUUCUGUUUCUUAAAUGUUUUCUAGAUAUUUAUGUAGUAUCCAAAAUAUUCAUGUAUGUAGAUCUGUCAUUGUAAUUUUUUUAAUUAUGUCUUGUAAUAUCUUUACCUGUGAUAUAGAUGAAAUUAGGAAAUUAAUUUUAUUUAAUUAUAUUAUUUAUCAUGUAUAUUUCAUAUUUUGUUUUUCUUGGCUCGGUAGAUCACCACCCAGUAGUUGAUAUGUACGUCUUUUUUUAUCUGUACAUACUUAAAAAUAAAUAACAUUUUCUGUA